UCUCUAUAAAAACACUGCAAUAUUGAGUUCUCUUUUUCAUAUACUUCCUUCUCUUUCCUUCUCUAUAUUGAGUUGUCUUUUGGUAUUAUUUCUAAUUGUCUUCUUUUUUCUUUAUUUAUACUUCAGUGGUCUCACACUGCAAUUUUUUAAUGGCUGAGGGGCUACUCUCGAAAACGUUGGGUUCUUUGAACGACUCCAUUGUGGUACAAAAGUUAAAGAUCCUGAAAGAGAAGAUGAAGAGACUAACUGCACGAAAAGAUGAUAUUUGUGCAGAAUGUAAUCAAGCUGAAUUACAAGUUGGGAAAAGAAAAAGACUAGAAGUUGUUGAUUGGUUGGAUACUUACAAACUCAAAAGAUCCAAGUUUGAAAGUAUUGUCGACGAAUGCCAGAAAUCAAGAGGGUUUGUCACCAAUAUGCAACUCAAUGAUCGCAUAAACGUAAUGACAAAAGAAGUUGAUGAUCUUUUUGAGGUGAGUCACUUUCUAAAUGGUUUGGUACUCGAUGAUCCUAAGGCAAAGGAAGUGGCAUUUAAUCUCGAACCAUUUUAUGGUGAGCUUUUCCAGAAAAAUGUUCGAAUGAUUCUAGAAUGGCUUGAUGAUCAUCCUUUAGCAUAUUCAAUUGGGGUUCUUGGUAUGGGAGGUAUAGGGAAGACCACGCUCAUGAAAAACAUAUACAAUCAUCUAUUGGGUGAUUGGCGUGUUAUUUGGGUAACAGUUUCAAGUGAUUGUAAUUUGUACAUGUUGCAAGAAAAAGUGGCAAAAGCCAUUGAUGUAAAGCUUUCUAGUGAGGCAGAUACUGAUAAGAGAGCUUCUGAAUUACAUCAUUCUUUUGUCAUGAUGAAGAAGAAUGUGGUGCUUUUUCUUGAUGAUGUGUGGGAAAAGUUUCAAUUGAGUUCUAUUGGCAUUCCCAAUAAAGAGAAAGGAUGUAAGAUUAACAUCAUCCUUAGCACUAGAAAAGAAGAUGUGUGCCGUAUGAUGGGGUGUAAGAAUUAUGUCAUUCGAGUUCAAGUUCUUUCAGAGCAUGAGGCAUGGGAUUUGUUUAAGAACAAACUCGAGACUUAUGAUGAUCUUUGUUUUGAGGGCCAGGAAAUAGCAAAAUUAGUGGCUAAGGAGUGUGCGUGUUUGCCGCUUGCAACCAUUGUCAUAGCUCGUAGUAUGAUAGGCGUUUUUGACGUGCUAGUGUGGAAAAAUGCUUUAGCUGAGUUGAAAAAUCCAAGUAGGGGGCAUGAAGACAUGGACGAAAAGGUGCUUCAGAAACUAAAAUUCAGCUAUGAUCGCCUCAAUAAUGAGCUUCUAAAACAGUGUUUCUUAAGUUGUGUGCUAUAUCCAGAAGAUUCACCUAUAUAUAAUAAAUCUUUAAUAGAAUAUUGGAUUAUGGAAGGAAUGUUGGAUGAUAAAGGGAGCAGGUUAGAGAAAAUGUACAAAGGCUAUGACCUCUUAGAAAAACUAAAAAACGCAUGCUUAUUGGAAUCUUUUACAAAUGAAUGUGUGAAGAUGCAUGAUGUGGUGAGAGACAUGGCUAUUUCGAUCACAAAUUGUGGUCCACGUUUUCUAGUAAAAUCAGGAAAACAAUUGCGGGAAGUACUAGAAGAAGGAUUAUGGAGUCGAGAUCUAGUGAAAGUCUCACUGAGCGCCAAUUAUGACAUCACAGUGAUUCCAUAUGGUAUGGCACCUCGGACUCCUAUACUCACAGUGCUCAAGCUUAGUCACCUUUCUAUAACGAAGAUCCCAGAACCUUUCUUUGAUCAUAUGAGGGCCCUUAAAAUUCUUGAUUUGUCCUAUAGUCGAAUUAAAAGGGUGCCAGAAGGUGUUUCAAAGUUGGAAAAUUUAAGGGCACUCUUACUUGAUGGUUGUAAGGAGCUAACUUAUUUGCCAUCACUGGAAAAGCUUACAAAUCUAAGAGUGUUGGACUUGGAUUACUACUCCAAGCUUGAAGAAGGUGUGAGAGGAAUGGAAGGAUUAGAGAAGUUAGAAAAGGUAGCAUACUGCCCUUGGAUUAUAAAUAAUGAUAUGACUGGUUUUAAUAGGCUUAUACAACGUUCACAUCAAUUAAGUUGCUACAGGUUCUGGCUUACAUCACAUGAUCAUUUUGAUCUCAACGAAAGUCCAUUCAAUGGAAUAUCGUGGCUUUCAUUCGAAGAAUAUCUACAAAGUGAGGGGAUAUUAUCAAUGGAAUAUCUAGAAAGUGAGAGGAUAUUGUAUAUCACAGGUGUAGAAUUUGGAGAGGAGACAAGUCUACUUCCUACUUCAAUUGAGGUGCUUAUUAUUAAGAAAGUUAAUAUAAAGGGAAAAAGAGCAUUGACAGAUAUUUUCCCCUCCUUGGUUGGGGCUUUAAAAUUAGAGAGUAUUGACAUAACACAAUGUAUAGGGUUGGAAUAUAUAUUUACCGGGACGCAACAACUAGAUGUCCUUGAAAUAUUAAAACUCACUGAGUUGUCUGAUUUGACAAGGAUAGUAGAAUUCGGUAGCUGCUCCUUUUUCCAACUUGUAGUUCUAGAGAUAAUCAAAUGUCCAAAACUAAAGGUGGUGUUUCCAUUCAACAAGCAUUGGAACCUCCCCAACUUGCGAAUCUUAGAGGUGGGAAAUUGUGAUUUAUUGGAGCGUAUAUUUGAAUCAAACAACGGUACUCUACCCAAUCUCGUUCUUUCUCUUCCUAGAUUAGAAGAAUUAUAUUUAGAUUGCCUACCAAAGUUGCACUGCAUAUAUGAGGGGCUAAUUGUUUGUGAUUAUCUCCAAGAGUUGGAAAUAGAUGAAUGUCCAGAGUUGCGGGUGUUGAAUGAUAUAAAACACAUAAUAUGCCCUGCAUCACCGUCUACAUUAGCUUCCAUUUCCAAAGAUGCAGAAUUUUGGGAGAUCUUUCAGCAGUAUGAACCCCUAAAUGUUACCCAGAUUUCUUAUAAAAUCAAUCAAAUUCUCGAGUAUGUACGUUGUGAAGUUAUAGCAGAUAUUGUAUUUUAGAUUAACAUAUUAUUUGAAACUAAGUUUAUCAAGUAAUAUAUUACUGUUGGAAGGUGUGAUUAUGAACUUGAAUUUUUCAUACAAAAUCUUGGAUAAGCAUUAUCUACAUUUGAGUACAUCUCAAAGUCAAAACAUUGCCAUAAACUUGUUGCAUUUA